UUUUUUUUUUUUUUUUUAAGCAGAGAGCUGGCAUGGGGAAGGAAAAAAGGAAUUUCUUUUCUUCCGUUACUUGCUGUCUGAAAGUGGGGGGAAACUGAAUUAUACAUUUCAGCGUGACAGUGAGGAAUAUGGGGAGAUAUCCUGAUACGAUUUCCUGAUUACCUGUAACCCUGCCUGUCUCUUUCUAAAAUUAUCCUACUGGAGGCAGGAAAUAUCAGGUCUAUUACUGAAACGACUCUCUGGCUAUUAGUUUUUAGGGCUUUAAAUAGUCUUAUCUCAAUGGAUGUGUUUGCCCUGUGCCUCAUCUAUCACCCCUAAAAUGUUUUAUCAGCACCUGAAAAAUCUCAAUAAGAAGAAUAGCCUCAAAUGUUACCCAUUCAAGGGGCUUUCAGACACAGAAUGUAUUUUUUUAAAAAAAAGGUCUUUUAAGAUCUGAUAUUAUUUGCUGGCUUUUCAACCCCAUUUCAUAGCUCCCGCAGCACCACUUCUAUAAAUACUUCUCACCAGCAAAGAAAGGAAAUCACAAUAGAUUAAAAGAAAACCAGGUUAACGGGCAGCAAAUCAAUGUCUAUUCAGCCUCAGACAUUUGUGAAAAUAAAGGAUUAUGAAGAAUUAUUGCCAGGUACUAGCUGUGCAAAGACCUUUUGUGGUAUCUUUGUCUUUUUUAACAGAUAGUUAUUAGAGGUCUAAGAAGAGCUCUCAGUGUCAGAAGUCAGUUGUAUUAGAAAUAAGCAGAAGUUACAAUGCUUCAGAUGUUGCAUUUUUUGUAAAUUUUGUUCUAUUUGACAUAUUCAGAUUAUGAGCGCCUCGUGUUUUUCUUUAGAAAAUGCUGUUUCUAGUUUGAAAAUGAGUUUGUGUGUAUAUUAUCUUGAGGUCUCAUGGAGAGGAGAUAGAGACAAGGGAUGGGGCAUGAUGGUUUUCUCUUUCUUUGUCUACUCAUUACUGCAGCCCCCGUUUCACCAUCUGCACAGGACCUUAGAAUCGGAGCUUUCAGAAUAGGUCAACCUGUGCCAAAUUUGGACUAAAUCACUAUAAGGCAUUAUUUUUAUUGAAUCAAAAUCCAGGAAGAGAGGAUUAUGCUAAACAAGGUGAGUUUUUUAUGUCCAGGGCCUUUCAGAGACUAGCCUCACCAGCAGAAAAUAAUUGUAUUAAUAACAAAAGUGGCGAUGCAACAGUCCGUUGUAGUAAACGUCUGAAAAGAUUCCUUAGGGCCUCUCACUUGUAAAUUUUACCAUAUAAUUGCCACCUUAUGUUCUUCACCAUUAAAAUCGGUGGGUGAGCCUCCUCUUACCUUUGAAUGAGCCAGUUGUGUUCUGCCGAAAGAAAUGCAUUACAAGUUAUGAAGCAAGGAAUGAAAAGAUCGUCUCAACAUAAGAAGAAAAAUAAUCUCUUUUUGCAAAGUGCACUAACGGUACCAUAAACAGCUGCUUGCUGGCUCCACUCUAACCUUCCCAGGGAGGGCCUUUCAUCUCUGAUGUGUUUCAUAGUUUUUUUUCUUUGGACAGGAAACUGCCAUUUAAAAAAAAAAAAUAUGGUGAGACUGUAUAGGUUUUAUUUACGGGGAGCAAGGGGUCACAAACUUACGCUGGUGUUAUGAACUCUGCAAAGGAUGCGUUGUGCUUGAAAGCUUGGGUGUUCGUGGUGGACACUUAGUGAGGCUUUAUUUUCAACUGUGAUGAAACCCACGUUCAGUGACUUACAGUGUUGUUAGUGCUAAGUGCUUUGGGACUCAAAAACAGCUCAGCAGCCAGCUGUGGCUAUUACAGUCAGCGACAAAGAAGUAACAAGACUGGAGAAAGAGGACACAAACAAGGCAACAUUCUCAUUGAUCCAUGGAGCCACUCGGCCUCAGACUGCAAGGAAACAGAAAAUGAACUGCAGUUCUUGUCGUAAAUUUUAUGUGUUAGGCCCACCUCUAAUUAAACCAGAUUAUAAAUUAUGUGGAAAACUCUAUUUUACUUCUCAAUUCUCUCUGAAAAGUAUGUCAACAUGUGGGAAUUUGGGUCCCUCCUCCUGUUUUAAUCUAACUUCUUUCUGCCAAUUCAAGACCAGGCAUGUUCACCACUAAGAUGUGUGUGGUGAGAGGCAGGAAAACGGAGAGAAGCAGCAAACAGGAGCAGGUUUCCUUGAGAUCUUCACACGCCAGGAUCACUGUCAUGGUUUGCAGUUAAAUCUUGAGGAUGCCCUGUGCUUAUAAUCUUAGCUUCUCUUUUGCUGCUAUUGAACUUUGGAUGUGUACUGCAUUUUCCAGCCAGCAAAGGUCCCGUGUAUGGAGAGGUUUUUCCAGUAAGUGGUUUGUGGGUUUUUUUUUGUCAUGGAUAAAUGAUUAACAGCUAAAUCAAUUGUGUCAAAUGUUGAGCAAGCUGUAUCACAUAGGCACAUCUUGGGUUCAUCCUGGGCUAAAGUCGUUUGAAACAAAAAAAAAAAGGCAAAAAAGACAAACAAAAAAGCUUUGCAUAGCCUAAGCCAUCUUUCCUAACAGUUUGUCCUCUGUAUCUAGAGGGCAGUUAAUCACUGACUGUGUGUUCAGUAACUCCGGGUUAAAAAACUGGCUGCCUGAAAUACAAUCUUUUUAUUCGGAGCAGAUUCUUACAAGUGAAUGUGCUUCUCUGUGUUAAAUUGUUAUGAAGCUGCCAGACUAGAAAGAUGGAGCAGCCAGUUGCUUAUUUUGCAGAGAUGUGGCUCCACAGUCAGAAAUGUAAUUUGUAAGGUAACUAUGACACAUAAAGAGGUGUAGCACUUGGCCAGGUAAUGAUGCUGAGGUUGUCAGGUUUGUUUUGUGUUAGUGAAUAUGAUUAAUUUUAUAUACAGCAUCCAUUAUUCCCAUAAUGAGCAAAUUAAAAUGUAUUUAUUCUUUGUGUCUUUGAAGCACUUGGAGACUUAACCCAGAGAGACCAUGCUGUUAAAAGCCAGAGUUGCACACAGAGUGAAACUGCAGCUCUUCAAAGAAUCUUUCCGUGUCCAGCAAGAGGAAGGCUGGGAAAACACAAUGAUAUUCAUCAUUUUGUACAGGGAAACGCAGAUUCAGAGAACUUUUCUCCUCUAAGACUCUCAUUGUAGGUUAAAACUAAUUAGGAGAACAAGGGGAAAGACUGUUGUGUCUCAGGAAUAGAAAAGCCAUACCUGAAGUCACUUACAGCAGGCCUCAACAGGCAACCGAAAAAAGAUUCUGCAAGGUUUUGAAGAUCCUGGUCUGCCUUUGAAAGCCCAGUGGAACUGAUGGGAAUCAGCCCUUGGUGGUGGGUCAUCUGCUGUUUACUGUGUGGAAGAACGACCCGGUAAUUUAUCUUUUUCUACUUGAACCAUUUGCAAGCCCUGGCAGCAGACGGAAUGGGAGCAGUGGUGGUUUCGAAUCGCCGAUGGUACCUUGGAGGGAUGAGCACAGCACACACGGCAUUUGCUCCGUGCCCCGUCAAACUGUUGCUGCUUUAUGCUGUAUUCGGCAUCCUAAAUGGUCGUUGCUUUGGUGGUGAAAAGGAGUCCCUUAACCUCAGCAGCACCAACGAGAGCGUGGCCAACAGCAGGCAUGCCCGGUCCGUGACCAACCUGCCGCAGCCCCGGGACUGCACGCUCUCCGCCUGGUCCUCGUGGAGCAAGUGCGAUCCCUGCCAAAAGAAAAGGUACAGAUUUGCCCGCCUGGAACAACCUUCUCAGUUCCAUGGAGAUCCCUGUGAUUACUCUGACAAAGAAACUGAAGACUGUGUUACAAAUAAUCCUUGCAGAAAUAAAGUUAGAUGUGAAGGUUUUGUGUGUGCAGUUACAGGGAGAUGCAUUACACGGAGACUGCUUUGUAAUGGGGAUGAUGACUGUGGGGACCAGUCAGAUGAAAAAAACUGCAAAAAAGUGUUUAAAAAAUGUGACCAGAAGAUGGAGCAAUACUGGGGAAUAGAGAAUCUGGCAAAAGGGUUAAAUAUCUUCACAAACAACUUGGAAGGAUUAGUGCUUGACCACAGGUACUAUGGUGGGGGAUGUUCUCCCCAUUACAUCGUGGACACGAGAUUCAGAAAGCCAUAUAAUGUAGAAAGCUAUACACCAGAGACCAAAGGCAAAUAUGAAUUUACAAUGACUGAAUAUGACUCCUACUCAAAUUAUGAAAGCAGUGUCCUGAAGGCAAAAGCUUCACAGUCUAGCUUCAGCUUUGGUAUAAAAAUACCAGGACUGUUUGAACUUGGUUACAAUUCAAACGACAACAGGUUCAAGAAGUUCUUUCAAAGGAUGAAAAGGUUUUCGUCAACGUCCAGCAAAUUCAUUCAUGCCCGUUCUGAGCUGGCUGUUGCCAUUUAUAAGCUGAAGCCCCGAGCCCUGAUGCUGCAUUAUGAGUUCCUGCAGAGGCUCCACCAGCUCCCAUCAGAGUACAGCUACGGAGAGUACCGAGAGCUCUACAGAGACUAUGGGACUCAUUACAUCACAGAGGCUACUGUCGGUGGCAUCUAUGAAUAUACUUUAGUCAUGAACAGCGAUGAGCUCCAAAAGGCAGGUUAUUCUCUGAGCGAUGUCCAGAAAUGUGCACAGCAUGGCUUUAACAUUGGUGCAAGUAUUUUUGGUGUCUAUGUGAAGCUUGGAAUAACUGCAGCUGGCUGUAAAUCCCUUUUAAAAGAGAUUGGAGACAGCACCUCCACAAAAAAGUAUGUGGAAGAUUUCAUCGUCCUCGUUCGUGGCGGAGCAAGCGAACACAUCACAACGCUGGCUUACAAGGACCUGCCGACAGCUGCCCUCAUGCAGGAGUGGGGAGAUGCUGUACAGUACAACCCUGAAAUCAUAAAGCUAAAGGCAGAGCCGCUGUAUCAGCUGGUGACUCCAUCUGACUUCGCUAAUGCAAUCACAAUAAAAGAAAAUCUGCGACGGGCUCUUGAGGAGUUUCAGCUGGAGACCAGUUCUUGUCGCUGUGCUCCGUGCCACGGCAAUGGCAUCCCCUUUCUGCAAGGAACCAAGUGUGAAUGCUUAUGUCCCCUGGGCUACAGUGGCACUGCCUGUGAGAUCAGCAAGAAGAAAGAUGCUGCUAUUAAUGGAAACUGGGGUUGCUGGGCCAACUGGUCUCCAUGUUCAGGAGGGCAACGAACAAGGAGACGACAGUGCAACAACCCUCCCCCACAAAACGGUGGCUCCUCAUGCUCCGGGCCAGAUGCUGAGACAGUUACUUGCUAGAGGGAAUCGUCAGCACGUACACAAAACCGAUGAGGAGUUUGCAAACUGAGUGGGAAGAUGUUACCUGCCUGGCUCGCUCAGUUGGCUUCACUCUGCUUAUGGGUCUCAUCCAAGUGCAUUGAAGUUGGAAACAUUUCAGAAGGCAUUGAGAGCUGGGGGUGUGCUGUGAAUCACACCUUUGGACGUGCUUUGCAGUUGUCCCAUGGGAUUGAAUAUGCUUACUGUUCUUAAUAUUUUCACUUUUCUCUGUCUUUAUUGCAACAGGCUGAGACAAGCUUUAUCUCCUCCUUUAUUUGGUAGACGCAUGAUUUUAAGUUUUACUGACUUGUUCUUGAAGGUUCCUCUGAAAUAAGAAAAGUCUGUUUGAGCUUACAUGUAGCAGAAUGUGUGCUAAUAUGCAGCUUCUGUGAAGACAGCUGUGUCAUGUGGAGCAAAUACAACAUGUUAAAGUCUAAAUCUUAGUGAGCACAAUAGUAUCUAAUGUGACAUGUAAAGCCACUGUGCCUCGCUACUCCAGUUACCCAAUUUAUUUUAUUUAACUUAAAUUGUCUUGUUAUAUUAGAAAUUGCCUUGAAGGAGUGAAAACUGAGUUAUGAAGAACAGUCUGGUGACACUAGACUAUAUAGCAGUUCUACCACAGUGAUGGGCUCUCUCCUGUGCAUUUCUGGAGUAGAACAGAUACUGAGAGUAUCGGAUACACCCUGGUAUGCUCAGAUACACCAGGGCUCUGGUUCUUUGGGAAGGGGAGGGAAGGACAGAGGGAUGCUACUGGGAUGAGGAACUGGAAAGCAGCUGCUGCUCCUUCUGCUGCUUGGAGAUAUUGGAAGGCAGGAGUGAUGGCUACGCCUGCAGGAGAGGCUGCACCCUGACCAGGGGAUGUCAAUCCAGGAUGCCAGGACCCUCUGCUGGAGCAGACAACUCUUCUGUCAUGGGCAGAAUAAAUAAUGGAACUUUUUGGAACAAACAUCUUUGCACAUUCCCUGAGAUCUUCUGCCCUUAGUAGUUGCCUCUGCCGCAGACAGACUCUGGUUCAUCAGUCUGAUCCAGUGGAAGCCUUUAUGUCAGCAGCUGCAUUGCUAGUCCUCUCAGGUUAGGACAUCUGAGAUGCAAAGAGUUUGCUAUGAAAAGAGCCAAAGCAAAGUGAGUGGUUUGCCCUUUGUUACUGUCCCUGGAGCCGUGCAUUGCAGUUUGGGUCAAACAGAAGGGUCAUGGCUGGCCUGAGCCUGGAUUGUUCCAGGGACUUGCCUCCUCCGGCUUUGUUGGUGGCUAAUGAUUUUUGCAAAGACAUUUGGUGAGGCAUGCUGUAAAAUAACCGGCAAUAGCUUUGCUUCAGGAAAACAAUCCCACUGGUGCAAAGUUGUUCAUGAAGUGUUGUGAGUCUUGUAGCAUCUGCAAGGUCAAACACUCGUCCAAGGGUUUUUAGCAGUGAUGGUGGGUUGGUAUCACCAGUUUCUCGCUUUUCAGACUGACGUUGUCUAAAUGUAAUCCUUGUAAGAACAGCUCAGGCUCUCUGACAUCUGAACAAUGGAACAUGCAUUUAGUUGUAGCCCUCAUGCUGCCUCCACACUUAUCGACAAGAUUUCUGUGACAGCUUUUAAGAAAGAAAGAGCACAUUGCAUAUGUAAAAGAAGAGUGCUCUGUACUCAUUAUGGGCUUGGUAAUUGAGCUGCCAACCCAAAACAUUUCCAUAAUCCACUGUGUAACUGUGAUACCUUUUGUGUGAUAGAAAUUUGCCACGAGAUUCAUUGCGGGUCAUGGUCAAAGGAGUCACUGCUUAUGUGAAGUAUGAUAUUCUUCAAAGUUUUUAAAGGGACACUGCAGAAGCUCUGCGGCAGAGGACCCUGAUCAAGGUUCAUGGGUGCCUGUGAGGACACGUACUGCAGUGCAGUUGCCUGCCCUUCUCGAGGAGCGUCGAUGUAAUCUGGU